AUGCUCAAACUUUUCGUUUUAUUCAUUGUUUCUGCCGUAGCAACGGCUGAUUCAUUGGGAAACUAUUUACGGUUGGAUCACAACGCCCGAAUUGUAGGCGGUAGGAAUGCAUCUAUUGAAGAAUUUCCUUACCUAGUAAGUAUCCAAUUGGUCGGUGAUCACAUGUGUGGAGGAGGAAUUAUUUCUGAGCAGUGGGUACUAACUGCUAGAACCUGUGUUGUUUAUAAUGGAGAUUUCAUUCGUGCAGGUAGUACUUAUUUUAACAAAGGUGGUUCUCUGCACAUGGUCACACAGAUUAUUAAACACGAAAAAUAUAACUUCAUUGAUUACAAAAAUCGAGUUGCUGUAAAUAAUAUCCAGUUAUUACGAGUCCUUGAACCAUUUAAAUUUGACAAAACUCGUCAACCAAUGGUACUUUUUAAUGCUAAUGAAGAAGUUUCAGCACAUAAAAUAGGUGAAUUGGCAGGAUGGGGCUUCACUGAGAAUCUUCAAUUUUCGCAAAAUCUGAAAGCGGCUCGUUUGUGGACUAUAACAGCACAAGACUGUAAAAAUAGUUACAAUUUAUCUAGUGGACUUCAGGAGAAUCAAUUUUGUGUCAGCUGGCCGGGAUAUGCCGACGAUGCUGGUUCUUUCGAUGUAGGCAGUCCUUUUGCCAUCGAUGGACGAAUUGCUGGGCUUGUAUCUUGGGGUAAUGGAGGUGGAGCAGCUGAAUGUUAUGGAGUUUAUACUAAGAUUUCUUCUUACAUCCCAUGGAUUCAAGAAAAAUUAAGAGUAUACUAA